AUGAUAAGUUUACACUAUUUUACUGAUAACAAGAUCAGUGGUGCAGGCAUAGACAUCCGAACUGGUAGAAAGUGGUCAGUAAGCCAUGAAGUUGAAAGGGCUGAAAGUAGUCUCAAACACCAAGACAUUGUUGGCUCUACGAACAGAGGAAGAGAAGGUCUAGGUACAAGAAGCCAUCAAAGUUGGGCGGACGCUAACCUUCAAGAGAGAAGAUCUAUGGUACAGUCAGAGAUUAGACGGUCUGAGGAGCAAGAAAGGUCAGCAAAGGCAGUUCAGUUUGGUAGUCAAGGCAACUGGACAAAAUGGACAGUACCAGAGAGGAAACUCACUUGGAACGAGUUGUGGACUUACGAACCACUCCAGCUAAGCUUUCUCCUACGUUCAGUAUAUGACAUGCUCCCAACACCAACAAAUUUGUACCAGUGGAAGCUGACAGAAGACCAAACCUGUCCACUUUGUGAGAAGAAAGGGUCGUUGCGCCAUAUUCUAUCAGGCUGCCCUACCGCUUUGUCUCAGGGGCGGUACAGAUUGCGGCAUGACAAGGUCCUCGGCGAAUUGGCACAUGUCCUUGAAAAGGAAAGAAGGAAAGUUAAACCUCUGAUUCCAAAAAGCCAUUUAAUCAACUUUGUUAGAGAAGGAGAGAAGAAACCUGUGUCCACAGUAGAGAGAGGUAUCUUGCAGAACUCUAAAAGCUGGGACCUGCGGGCAGAUCUAGGAAAGAAGUUACAAUUUCCUGAAGAAAUCGCCCACACAACUCUCAGACCUGACAUCGUUAUUUGGUCCAGAAAUCCAAAGACAGUAAUUAUGGUGGAGUUAACAGUGCCUUGGGAAGAGAGAGUUGAAGAGUCGAAUGAGUUAAAGAGGGAAAAGUACGAAGAGCUAGCCAACACAUGCAGAGGGAACGGUUGGAAAACAUGGGUCUUCCCUGUAGAAGUAGGAUGCCGCGGCUUCCCAUCCAGUUCAGUGUGGAGAAUGCUUGGGGCAUUGGGCAUCAAAGGAGCAACAAGGAAGACAUCAGUCCAUGUCCUCAGCAAAGCUGCUGAGAGAGCCUCAUGUUGGCUUUGGCUACAGCGUAGCAAUACAUGCUGGAAGCCAACACAGACGGGGUAG